AUGACUCCGUCGGCAAGGUCGCGACACAUGAAGACGCAUCCCCCACGAACAACGUACAGCGCGGCUUCCAGUCUGCUAGCUCGUGACGAUACCAACUGGGCGGAGUGGAACAAGCUGAACAUCACUGCAGACGCCAUGCCCUUCACACGGUCGCAGUCGGACACCCAGUUGCUGCAUCCCCAGACCGGAACGAAGAUGACACGGGCAAACGGUCACCUGACCAAGAGCCAGACUGGUCAUGCUUUCCUAGAAGAUGCCGGCCACCGGUAUCCGUUUGGCCAGGGACCGGGCUGGUAG